GCUGGUACUGCACUCAGGGACACUCUUCGCGUUGUGAGCAGAAUGUCCUGCUGGGAUGCGAUAACCUCGACGGCGCUCAGGCUGAAUAUGUGAGUAGAUUCUGCAGAUCUGAGGGCGGAGGGUCAGUUCAUCCCCAGCGAUGAAGAGGCUGAACUUGUCGGAACAGAUCAGAAUUCCCAAUGCAGAUGGCACAGUGGUCAAGGCCCCCGAAGGUGUUGAUGACAAGCUUCUGGUGCUUAUGGCCGAUAUUUUCCCUACGGGUUACUUUGCGGCGCGCAAUGCGUUCAAGGCAUCCACCCCAGAGCAAAUUGCAGAGCAGACGGUCGUCCUCAUCGGCUGCGGGCCAGUCGGACUUUGUGCUCUGAUCAAUGCGCUCGAGUACAAGCCUAAGCAUCUACUGGCGGUGGACUCGAUUCCCGCGCGACUUGAAUUAGCAAAGUCGCUCGGGGCCGAGCCCUGGAAUUUCCAGACCGACCGGGACGGUCUGGACAAGCGCGUCCAAGAGUUGACGGAUGGGCGCGGCGCAGACGCGGUCAUCGAGGUCGUGGGCUUGAGUCCGGCAUUGAGGACCGGAUUCGAUCUGCUGCGGCCGUUUGGUACCAUCAGCAGUGUUGGCGUGCACAAUGGCGAGAUUCCAUGGACUGGUAGUGAGGCUUACGGCAAGAACCUGACGGUCCACAUGGGACGAUGCCCUGUGCGUUCGGUUUCCGAGCAAGCCCUGCAAGUUUUAAAGAAGAACCAGCAUCUUCUUGGGUACGUGUCGCGUCGUUUGUUCAUUCCCAGACCUUGCAGCGGUUUGGCUGACUAGUAUAUCUAGGUUUAUGGCGGACAAGAUCAUGCCUCUUUCACAGGCCGUUGAGGCCUAUGAGCUCUUCAAUGCGAUGAAGGUACAGAAGGUCAUCUUUGAGGUCGAUAAGUAGUCUAUCUGCAUCGCAUUCAAUGCACGGAAGAUCUGCUGUCAAGAGCUCUCAGACAAUCCCUUAGAAAGCCGAAGCGAUUGACUGUGCACGAGGGGGAGAUGUAGUCGUAGUAAUCACAGUCCCGAGAGUAGUACAAGUGAAAACGAAAACAAGCAGUGGCACCACCACCAUCGCCACCAUCGAGUCGUCUGAGAGACAUUUGCAACUCAGCAAUUGGGACGUGAGGAGAAACAAAAAGACACCUGAAAGUGAGGGAAAAUUGAAGAGUGAGGAGGAGGAGGAGGAGGGGAAAGGGAAUGGGAAUGGGAGAAUGUGG